AUCAUUCCCUUGUCAUUAUUCUUGCUGCUCAUAGUUUACUCCAUUCUCUUUCACAGUUCUGUGACUUCUUCAUUCUCUGAUCAUUACAAUAACGAGGCUUCUGGGUUGCAAAGUAAAUAUGGCAACCAUCAAGAUUUUCAUGCUUUUCUUUCUAACCAUCAUGUGUACUAUGGUCUCAGUAUCAUUGGCAUCGCUCAAAGUGGGUUUCUAUCAUUCAACUUGUUAUUCUGCAGAGUCAAUUGUGAGAAAAGCUGUAAACAAAGCCGUGUCACAGAACCCUGGCAUAGCUGCUGGCCUCAUCAGAAUGCAUUUUCACGACUGUUUCGUCAGGGGUUGUGACGGCUCCGUUCUACUUGAUUCAACCCCUGGGAAUCCAUCAGAGAAGGAACAUCCAGCCAACAAUCCAAGCUUAAGAGGCUUCGAAGUGAUCGAUGAAGCAAAGGCUGAACUUGAAGCUCAAUGCCCACAAACUGUCUCAUGCGCAGACGUUCUAGCAUUUGCUGCCCGUGACAGCGCCUACAAAGUUGGAGGCAUGAGUUAUAAAGUGCCAUCAGGACGACGCGAUGGCAGGGUAUCACUUAGCGACGAGCCUUCCCAAAACCUGCCGUCACCUUCUUUCAAUGCCAUGCAACUCAAAGAAAAUUUUGCAAGAAAAGGCCUGAGUCUUGAUGAAAUGGUGACACUUUCUGGGGCACAUUCUAUAGGCGUGUCUCAUUGUUCUUCCUUCUCAACUCGUUUAUACUCUUUCAAUGCAACACAUCCACAAGACCCUUCAAUGGACCCCAUAUUUGCUAGAAAUCUGAAAAGAAAGUGUCCCCGACCACCUCAAAAUGCUGGAAAUGUGAAUGAUCCAACGGUGCCACUCAAUGUUCUUACACCAAACAGGCUUGAUAAUAAAUACUACACAGAUUUGAAGAACCGCCGGGGCAUAUUGACGUCUGAUCAAACUCUUCUGAGCAGCACUUCCACUGCGGGUAUUGUGAAGAACAAUGCAAGGCAUGGUGCAGCAUGGGCUUACAAGUUUGCUGCAGCCAUGGUAAAAAUGGGUUCUAUUGAUGUUCUCACAGGAAGCCAGGGUGAGAUCAGGAAGAACUGUAGGGUUGUCAACUAAAUUAUUUGGGGCUUUUCUUUCCUGAUGCUUUGUACUCUACAUUCAUCCUUCAAUGUUAUGGAAGUGUAAAUCAAUUCUUUUGAAGUUUAAAACCCAAUAAUCUUAAAGAAAAUUCGGUUGAUCUAAAAAGUAGAGUGAUAUAUAUAUCUUUAUAU